AUGGAGGCCGCCCCUGCUGUCCCGACCGGCGCGCGGAAUGGCGGUUUUCCGGCGCCGCCUAUGUCGUCGUCUUCUUCUUCUCAUAACUCUCGCAAGGAGUGGCGCGUUGUUUCCGAGCAAUCGGUUCGGAACACCGGCGACGAGCUGCAGGGGUUGGAACAUUCAAAGCUAGUUCAGACUGAUGAGAGAUUGAUAUAUGAAGUACAUCGUGGGAGGGAGCCAGUAGAUGUGGAUUUUUCCUCAAUUUUGAUUGAUGGAUGUUUGGACCAUGAUAUUAUGCAGCAGAGACUUGGUGCCUUGGCAAAACAAAGGGAGGGGCUGCAGCAGAUGGAGAUUGAGCUUCGUGCACAGGUUAUUAUGAGUUCUGAAGUUGUGCGAAUACAAAAUAAGUUUGAUGCUCAGAUUAAAGAGAAUGCAGAUGCCAAUGCCAAACUUCAGGAGCAACUGCAUGAAAAAGAACAGAAGAUACAUGAGUUGGAGAGAAAGCUGGAAGAGAAAGAAAGAGAAUUGCAUGCUAUUAGAUUAGACAAUGAAGCGGCUUGGGCCAAGGAUGACCUUUUGAGGGAACAAAGCCAAGAGCUCCAGAGCUACAGAAGGGAGAGGGAUAGCUCUGAAGCUGAAAGAGUGCAACAUAUUAAGCAAAUCCAUGAUCUUCAAGAACAUAUCCAAGAUAAGGAUCGCUUAUUCCUGGAGUUGCAAGAUCAGCAUAGGAUUGCUCAAGAAACAAUCCUUUUUAAGGAUGAGCAGUUGCGAGAGGCACAAGCCUGGAUUACUCGUGCACAGGAAAUGGAUGCCUUGCAGUCAACUACCAACCACACUUUACAAGCUGAACUGCGAGAACGCACAGAACACUAUAAUCAGCUUUGGCUUGGUUGCCAAACGCAGUUUGCUGAGAUGGAAAGACUCCAUUUGCUUAUACAACAGCUCCAUCUUGAAUUGGCUGAUCUAAAAGAAAAGGGUGGGAGUAACUUGGAUGGUUCACAUAACGUGCAGAAGAAUGCGAAAUCUAUAUCCGAACAUGGAAAGAUCAAUGACAGCAAGCUUGAGGUAAAUGACAAUACUUCACAAAUUGCGGACUCUAGUGACCUGCAAAGUGGAAAUUCUGAAAUAGGUUCUGGAGUAAACAUCUCAACUCAGGGCGACCACAGUCAGAUUACAUUUGCUCCUUCAUCUCUACUCGGUUUGCCGACUUACAUUCCCACUGGGCAGAUGGCUGCUUUGCAUCCUUUUGUGAUGCACCAACAAGGUCUGCCACUCCCAUCACAAGUAUUGCAGUCUCAAUUUCACACUGUAUCUGCAAUACCCACUCGAAACUGGCAGGACCAACAACCUCAGCCAAAUGACCAUAAUGAGCCCACCCAGAACCAGUAUCCUCCGGAUAUUGAACAAAAUGUUUUAAGAACAGACUCUCGGUACGAAUAUGAAACUUCAGUGAAUGGCCAAAUAAUUUGUGCGGACUUUCCGGAUAUGAAAAUCAGCCAAGGUUUAGAUGCCAAUGCUGUGAGCCCAUUAGCAAAUGGAGAGGAACAGGUUUUUGAUAUUGCUGAUAAAACCUUUGACAAAUCCCAGUCCCCACAGAGGUUGCAGCAGAUAUCUUCUCAGUUUCGCGACGCAAUGAGCCUGAAUCCUAUUGAACUUGGCAAAGGAGCUGAGGAGAAACCAGUCCAAUCAGUGACUGACCAGGAAGCAGAACACCAGAACAUAAUGUCUGAACAUCCAAAUCUUGCUGUUAAUGUAUACACAUUUGAAACAGUGGCUAAUGCUGAAACUGUAAGUGAAGCAACCACAGAUGCUGCCUCGAGUGUAGAUUUGGCAGAUACCAAUGUUGCUGCUGGGCAGAAAAAUAACAUCAUAGGAAAGCCCGAGGACAGUUUUCUGAUUGACGAAAGAGCAUUGCUGGCUUCUAUAGCCCGUGCAAUAGGAUCUGGAGGAAGAAUAAGGAUCAGUACAACGCUUCCUAAUCGACUUGCCAAAAUGCUUGCCCCGCUUCACUGGCAUGAUUACAAAAAGAAAUAUGGGAAGCUUGAUGAUUUUGUGGCCAGUCAUCCAGAGCUAUUUUCUAUUGAGGGGGACCAUAUUCAGCUCCGGGAAGGGGCCCAACAAUUGAUAGCAGCCACAGCAGCUGUUGCUGAAGUUGCUGCAGCAGCUCCAUCUUUUUAUUCAUCGUUCUUUCCUUCUGUGGUGGUCACGCCCAUGGCUCAGUCCCGACAACGACUAAAAAUGGCAAAUUUUCCUGAGCCUGUGGGAGCCAAACCAAGCAACGGGCCUUCUCAGCUCCCUGCUGCUCAGACUGAGAACAUGAAUGGCUGUGGUUCAUUUCAUGUUGAUAGUGGAUCGAAUGUGAAGACUGUCAGUAAGGCUAAAGAUCGCUCGGGCGUGAAUGUCCAUGGUUAUUCUCAAAGGAAAGGUGCACACAACAGGGCAGUAGGAGCUUCAUCAAGUCUAAGAAGAUA